AUGAUGAUAACGAUUCAAAUAUUACUGAUAUCUUGUAUAACUUAUGUAAAAAAAAAUGAAAUAGAAAAAGUUCGAAGUAUUUUACCAUUUAUUGUUGAUAUAAAUAUUAUAAAUAAAAUUCAAAAUUCAACUGGUUCAACAUGUUUACAUGUUGCAUGUUAUUAUGGACAUCGAGAUAUGGUUAAAAUUUUAUUAGAAUAUGGAGCUCAACAUUCCAUAAGAAAUUUACGACACAAUUUAACACCAUUUGAAGAAGCUCACACAGAUGAUAUAAAAGAAUUGUUUUUAGAGCGAAGAAAAUUAGUUUCAUACAAUGAUUAUGAUUAUAUUAAAUGGUCAAUAGCAGGCGAUAAUCUUCUAGAAAAACGACGAGAAUUUCCCCAAGCUAUUGAUUUAUAUAAAACCUAUGAUAAUCAUCAUUUAGUAUCAAAAUUAUUAGCCGAAGUUAUUCAUUAUUAUUUAAAUGAAUAUCUGGUAAAUCAAACUAAUGAUGGUACCCAUCCGGAGGAUCAAAUUACUCGUAAACAAAUUGAAACAAUUGAGACAAAUUUUAAGGAAGCCAUAGAAAAACAGGAUUAUUUGACAUAUUUUAUAAAAGCUUAUACAUUAACGACUUUCUUCUAUAGAGUCUUGAAUAAACAUUUGGCUUUGUUUGUAUUAGAGUAUUUCGAUAAAACAAAAGAUUUUUCAUCAAAUUAUCGUCUUGUAAAUUGUCUAGUUCACAUUGUUACACUCAUAAUUUAUCAUCCAAACUUACCUCAAUAUCGAUAUAAAGGUUUAUGUUAUCGAGGUAUGAGAAUAACACAAAAUGAUUUAAAUCAGUAUCGAUUAAAUCAACAUAUAUUGAAUCGUACAUUUUUAUCCACAUCUGAUGACCGUCAAGUAGCUGAAAUGUUUUCUGGUGAAGGUCAACAAUCUAAAAUGAGAUUUACUCCUGGAAAUAAGUCUGCAUUACAAUAUUCAUGUUUAUGUCAAUAUUUUAUAAAACAAAAUUCUACAGCCAUCGAUAUACGAAAUUUAUCUACGAAACCGGCACUAGUACACUUCGUCGCAUUCACUUCGUCGCACGAUCACUUCAUCGCACGACAUUUCGUCGCGUUCUGUUCGUCGCAGAAUUCUUUUUUUUUUAAUAACCAAUGGAAAUAA